AACUUUUUCUGCUGUUGAUGCUGCUACUGAAGUGGUUUAUAAAUUAUCUCCAUCUCCAUAGACUUUUCGUAGUUCGUUCGUUUCUAAUAAUCUAAACAACAGAGGGAAAACAACACGAGAAAAACAACAACAACAAAAUCUGAAAAGUGAAAACUGAAAACUGAAAAUGUUGCAGCCUCUGCCUCGAUCGAGAAUCUUUUUUGUUUAGCCGGAAUCGGGACGGAGGCGCCGUAAUCGUCGGGCACGUGUGAAAUGAGCCGAACAACUGCCUCCGACGCAUCGUGAUGUUGAUUUGUUUUUUGGGGGGAUUUCGUUGAGAUCGCUGCUCACUUGGAAACUAGCAUUGAACGCGUGCACAUCGUGUGCUCCUUCUUCACGCCGAUAUCCACAUCGAUUAUCUCUCAAUAGACACACACACGGAACACGGAACACACAAAAUGCAUCCUGCCUCGCCGCACCAACAUCGCUCGCGUCUCAAUGUCAGCAGUGCAGCUGGAGCAGCAGCUGGACAACCGCAGAACACGCCGGAUUCCUUUACGUUGAGUCCACAAUCGCCUCAUCAUCAUCACCAUUCGCCACAGCAGCAGCAAUCGCACACGGUCCAGAUUAGCUCCAGCUCCACACAUCCCUAUCAGGGACUCAAAACAUCUGAAAAUGAUGACAUGGGCUGUGUGGAGCUGCUGGCCACAGCGAUCUCGGUGCUCAUCAUGGUCCUCACGUUUCCCAUCUCAGUGUUCAUCUGCUUUAAGGUGGUCUCCGAGUACGAACGUGCUGUGAUCUUUCGCAUGGGUCGAUUGCGCAGCGGCGGAGCCCGAGGACCGGGUGUCUUCUUUGUGCUGCCAUGUGUGGAUGAUUACUAUCCGGUUGACUUGCGCACAGUGUCCUUCGAUGUGCCGCCACAAGAGGUGCUCUCCAAGGACUCGGUGACGGUGACUGUCGAUGCCGUUGUCUACUAUCGCAUCAGCGAUCCACUCAAGGCAGUCAUUCAGGUGUCCAACUACAGUCACUCCACACGCUUGCUGGCUGCCACAACGUUGCGCAACGUGCUCGGCACUCGCAAUCUGUCCGAGCUGCUCACCGAACGUGAGACCAUCUCGCACACCAUGCAGAUGUCGCUGGACGAGGCCACCGAUCCCUGGGGCGUUAAAGUGGAGCGUGUUGAAAUUAAGGACGUUUCACUGCCAACCGCCUUGCAACGUGCGAUGGCCGCCGAGGCAGAGGCAGCGCGUGAGGCACGUGCCAAGGUCAUUGCCGCCGAGGGGGAGAUGAAAUCAUCGCGUGCCCUCAAGGAGGCAUCGGAGAUCAUCUCGGCCAGUCCGUCGGCGCUGCAGCUGCGAUAUCUGCAAACGCUGAGCAGCAUUUCGGCGGAAAAGAACUCGACAAUCAUAUUCCCAUUGCCCAUGGAGUUGCUCACGCCCUUUCUGAAUUCGUCCGCCCAGUUGGCCGCCAAUGCGAACGCACAUGCGACACCAUCGCCGCUUCAUCGGCACCAGCAUCAGCAUCAUCAGUGACGCUCAAUGUCGGUGCUGCAGCCAUACCUGGAGGCUCUGGGUCGCUGCGAGCUGCGUCGCCAAAAUGCUGGACACGACGGUGUCGACAAUGAUGACGACGACAUUGUUGGCUAUCUCCUCUGACACCAACUGUGUUCCCUAAACCAUCUCAACAACGAAUUAGAAUUGAGUGAAAUUAAUGUUGAGAGAAUAACCAUAAAAACAUUAAACGCCUUAAUCUUAAAAGUUAGUCAUCAAUUUUUUUUUGUUUUUUUUUUCCACUA